GUUAAACGUGAUUAGUUUAUAUGUUGUGUAUUAUGCAAAAUGUUAACAAAUUUAGCAAUGUUUUAUGCAAACAUGUUUGAAAUGUUAGGACGUCAAUGAGCUAUACGUUAAGCUUUUUUUAAACAAGUUUGUUAGACGACACAAACAAGAUUACUCUAGGUAUCUACCACGUGAAUAUAUGCGCUUAGUUUGUCAAAUUAUCCAUAUUUUAUAAUUACAAAAUGUCACAGCGACAACAUAAAAUUAUGCAUUGUUCCUUUAACCACUCCGGUACAGUACGUAGCGUACGAAAACGUUGCAUGCGACCCCCCCUCAAAAACAAAAAUAAAAAGAAGGCAUGUUCCUUUAAUUCGAGAAGGUGGCAGUAAUGAGUUCCAGCUGCCGCCAAUCACCAACGAAGAAUAAAAGCAGGCAGUAUAUUCAGGUUGCCCGCCAAAUCCGAUUGUAAACAAAGUUCGACGGACAAACGAUGAAAUAGUUUGACGUUUCCAUUUAACAGCGACUACAUUCUCGUCGACAAUGAAUUGCAGUGGAAAAGGAGGUAGCGAUUCUAACCAGUUCGCUGGCAGCGGCGACAGUGAUUCCAUCAAAGUUUUUGUUCGAGUUCGACCUCUGACCCAGGGCACCGGACUAACCACUGAUGGUGAUCAGAGUCUAUGUCUCAAGGUCACCUCACCGAGUACUAUACGUCUCCUCUCAAAACCAGAGCCGCGAACCUUCACUUAUGAUCAUGUUGCAGACAUGGACACGUCUCAGGACUCUGUAUUUUCCAGUGUGGCCAAGAGUAUUGUAGAGUCAUGCAUGAAUGGAUACAACGGUACCAUUUUUGCCUAUGGCCAAACAGGUUCAGGGAAAACGUACACCAUGCUAGGACCUUCAGAGUUGGACAACUUUACAGAUGAACUGCGGGGUGUUAUUCCCCGCAGUUUUGAGUACCUGUUUUUUCUCAUUAACAGAGAAACGGAACGGUCUCAAUCCAAAAGUUUUCUCUGUAAAUGUUCCUUCAUUGAGAUUUACAAUGAGCAAGUUUUUGACCUCCUGGACACAGCCUCCGCUAGCUUGUUUGUCAGAGAGAACAUCAAGAAGGGGGUGUUUGUGGAGGGGGCUGUGGAGAAGUUUGUCAACUCUGCUGCUGAAGCCUACCAGGUGUUGUCUCGUGGUUGGCGUAAUCGCCGAGUGGCCUCCACUUCAAUGAACCGUGAGUCUUCCAGGUCUCACGCUGUCUUCACCAUGAUUCUGGAGUCCAAGGAGUCCAUGAAUGAAGUGGUGAACAUCAGAAUGUCUCAGCUCAACUUGGUGGAUCUGGCAGGCUCAGAGAGGCAGAAAGACACGCACACUGAAGGCUCCAGACUCAAGGAGGCCAGCAGUAUCAAUCGCUCCCUGAUGUGCCUCGGUCAAGUGAUUAUGGCUUUAGUUGACGUAUCUAAUGGGAAGAACCGCCACAUUUGCUAUAGAGACUCUAAACUCACCUUCCUGUUACGGGAUUCUCUUGGUGGAAAUGCAAAGACUUACGUCAUCGCCAACGUUCACCCCGGAUCAAAAUGUUUCGGGGAAACGUUGUCGACUCUGCAGUUUGCCCAGAGAGCAAAGCUGAUCAAGAACAAGGCCAUCGUCAAUGAAGACACUCAGGGAAAUGUGAGGCAGCUACAAGCCGAGGUGAAGAAGCUAAAGGAGCAGCUGGCACAGGCUCGCUCAUCUCAGCCAGUGCAUUAUGGGAGCGACGUCGCACCAGGAGGACCGGGGCUCCCGAUGUCCAAGCCAAGCAUAGACAUGGAACGUGAUGUCUUGUAUAAAGCCAAGUUUAUUGCCGCUGUUCGUUUGUGGAGGAAGCGUGAGGAAGAAAAGAGGGUGCUGCUUAAGAAACUGUCUCAGCUGGAGGAGGCCUGGACCCAGAAAGACAAGUUCAUCCACUCCAGUCGUCUGAUUGUUAAGUUCCGUGAGGAUCAUAUCAAUCGUCUCGAGAAGAAACUAAAGGCAGGAUCUGCCUCCCUUACGGACGAGGAGUCGCAGGCUCACAUUGACCAGCUGAAGCAAGAGAAUAAGAUUUUACGAGACCAGGUUGACCAUCACCCGAAGAUGACUCGCUAUGCAGCGGAGAACUACAGCCUCAGACAGGAGAAUCGUCAACUUCGCUCCCUUGUGUCGGAGGGGAACUCCGAAGAAGCUGGAACACAAGUUGCUGCCGAGCUGGAAGAAGAAUUCCAGAGGGCCAUCGAAACGGAAAGCAUUGCAGGAACAGGUGCUUUGACCUCCGUGGCUACCGAUGCUCUAACUGCAUCCGCAACGGAGAAGCUGAAAGCUCAACUGCUGCAGAAACAGUCGGAUCUCACAGCGGCUCUUCAGGCCUUUGAGGAGUACAAGGAGAUCACCAAGAAGCAGAUGUCUCAGUUGGAGUCUGACAGAAGAUACCUUGACAAGUCCAACAAGCAUUUGGAGAACAUUCUGGAAGCCACCAACGCCUACAAAAAGAAAGAAGUCUCUGAAUUGAAUAGAAUUCACGUGGAAACUCUGAAGAUUCUCACCACUCCCACCAAAGCGUAUAACCUGCGCUCCCGUCUCGUGCCCCUGGCCAGCCCGGAACACUUGACAGGCACCGACGAUAAUAACGCAGAUGACAUUUGGGCCGAGCCCCCUCCUUCAGACAUGACUGAGAUGGCGCUAACCGAAGAGCUGCGUCAAGUCCAGGAGCAAAUGAGUCACGUGCAGGCCCAGCUGGGGGAGGAGGAGCUAAAGAACAGGAACCUGAUUCAGCAAAUUGCAAAGCUAGAAGAGCAGAUCCAUGUAUUGUCACAGGAAUUUGGACAAAAGGAUGAACAACUUUCAACUGAGCGCGCCAACAAGAUCAGAGAUCAGCUCAAACUGCAGGAAACGAUCAACGGCCUGCACCAGAACCUUCAGUCUGAACAGGAAGCUUCAGAAGUUCUGAGAAGUGAGAUCCGUGACCUACGUCUGGUGCUGCAGUCUUCUGACAAAGAGCUGGCCGUAGCGAAGAAGGAGCUGGGAGACAAGCAAAGCGAGCAGCAGAGCGAAACAAGCCAACUCUCCAGCAGUCUGAUCACCACUCGGCUCCAGCUCGACAAAGUCCAACUGGAGUGGGAGCAGCUCCUGGAGCAGCAUCGGACUCUGCAGGAUUCCUUCGACCAGCUCCAAGCCGAGGCCAAGUUUGACGCGGAUCAUGCGAGACAGCAGCUGGAGGACGGGCAGCAGGAGAUGGGUGUACUGCGGGCCCGGAUUGCAGAAUUAAACGGUUCCCUGGAAACGGAGAAAAAGCACACUAGUACUUUGACCUCCCAGUUAAGAGAGAACAGAGAAAGUACAUCAAAGGAACUUGGUGAAACUGCUCAGGAGAACACACAUCUUAGGAAACAAGUCUCGGACCUGAGCGUACAAAUCCAACAGCAGGUAUCCAAAUUUGAUCACCUGGAGAAGAAUCUAUCCACUGCCAAGGAAACUAUAAAAGGCCUGGAGCAGAAGAUUGAACAGGACAAAGAUGUCGUUGUUGAUCUGAUCAACCAAACCAGAGACCUCCGGAGUGAGCUGAGUCAGAAGGACCAGACCAUUAGCCAUCAUUUGGAGGAUGUCACAGACCUCACAGCCAAGUACAACACUGCAAUCCUGGAACGAGAGGAUGUCAGCCGGAAGAACUCAAAGAUGCAAGCAGAAGUCACAGAACUGAAGGAGACAUUAGAGGGGAGCAUUGCAUCUAACAAAAUAGAGGUUGAGGUGUUGCAGGAGGAGAUGAUUUAUGCCAACGAGGAAGUGGAAAGACUCACAAAGGUCUUAGACGAGCAGAGCAGUCUCCUCCAAGCAGCUCAAGAGCAAACCGCUCAGAAGGACAUCCUCAUACAGACUCUACAGCAAAAGGUGCAGCAGCAGCACGACGCUGUGGAACAAACCAUAAGAAAUGGAGGUUUCAAACUUGUCGAGUCAACGCCUAAAUCCAUACUCAAGACCCCCAGCACCCCAGGGAGCUUCAGAAGGGACCUGACCCAGGUCCUGGAAAGCCAGGAGAGAGAACUGGAGAAUCGACGGUCCUCCAUGAUGACCAUGGAAAUCCUCUUAGUGGAGCUGAAUGCCGAGAGAGCUGCCAAGAAUGAGGAGAUUCAACGGCUCAAAACACAGUUGACUGAGAAAGAAAUGGCCCGCAUGGAGAUUCAGGGUUUGCUUGACCAGUUUUAUACCAAAAGGAGUCAGCUGUCUCAGAGCGGGAAUGCAAACAGCGAGGAGCUCACUGUCGGCAUCAAGCAGUCCAUCCUUAAAGAGCUACACGAGGAGAAAGAAGAGAAGGAGAAAGUGAUGCAAAGGCUUUUGGACACUCAAAAAAAAAUGCAGGCACAGGAAUCAGUAUUGGCCCAGUCGCAGACUUGUGUUCAGGAGUUGACCACGGAAUUGAGGAACCGCUGUCUGGAAGUCCGAGAGCUGAGCCUGCGGGUACAGGACGAGGACAAACUUCUCAAGGAGAAUGAGGUUCUCCGCAAGCAGAAUGUUCAGCUGUCAGAGGAGAACGGAAAGCUGGUAGGACACAAGAACCACAAACAGAGGAUUGAAUAUUUGGUGAAACUCAAGAAGAACAACACGAGACUCCAAGAGGAAAAUGAAAAGCUUCGAUCAGAGAUGAGCCUAUUACAACAGGACAGUGACAACACGGGACCCUUGAAAAUGCUGUAAAUCCCUGUGAAUGCUCUUUUUUUGGAUUUUUUUUUUUUUUUACUUUUGUUUGUAAACAAUUUUUUCAAUUGCCAUUUUGUUACUUCUUCUGUAUUGUACUUUUUGUCUUUUUCCCACAUUAAUUGGAAAAGGGUGUUUUACAUCAUCAUCAAUCCGUGUUCAUUCAUUUUCUACCACUUAUCCUCACAAGGAUCAUGGAGGUGCUGGAGCCUAUCCCAGCUUUGGGAGAAAAAAAAUAAAAUAAUACAUUUUAUUUGUAUAGUGCUUUCCAGAGUACUCAGACUCUUUAUAGUGAAGAGGAAAAAAAAGAGUUGAGUAAAAACAGUAAACGAUGCAUUAAAAUACAAUAUCCAUACAUUCACAGCUAAAAACAAGGCUAAAAUAUACAAGAAAAGCGCUACUUUUC